GAUCAUAAUUAAAUCCCUCAAAUCGGAUAGUACUAGUGUGUUUAUUUACCUCUCAAGUUUGUUUUUUUCUUUUUCUUUUCUUCGAUAGAGAAGAAGAAAGAAAUGGCAACCGCAGCUCUCUCCGCCGCCCGACCCAACCGCCUUAACUCAGUCUCCUCCGAUGUUCCUCUUCUCCAUCCGCUAUAUCUCCCUACCAAACUCCAAUUUCCUUCCGGUAAGACUCAGCUGUGGCGCUCCACCGCGAUUCUCCUACCUGCUCCACGGCGGCGAUGCGCUGCUCCUAGAGCUAGUUCUCGCGCCGACGAUUCUCCUCCUCCGUUCGAUAUGUCUGUAGAGACGGCUCUUAAGGUUCUCGGUGUCUCUGAAGGAGCUUCCUUCGACGAAAUACUUCGCGCCAAGAAAUCGAUCCUUGCUUCUCGUAAGGAUGACCCCAACGCCAUCUCCCAGGCUGAGGCUGCAUAUGAUAUGUUGCUGAUGCAGAGCCUUAACCAACGCCGAGCAGGAAAAGUUGUGAGCAACAACAUACGCUACGCUGAUGUUAAAUCUACUAGUAGUAACCCUCUGGGAACAACAGGUACCACCGUGUCUCAGUGGAUUAAGAAUCCCCCUGUCUCUGUUGAUUUGCCAUCAUCCACUAGCGAUCUUGGUAUACAAGCUGGAGUCUAUGGAGCCAUGAUGGUUUUGACUUACGUUAACGGUAGUUCCUUGGAGUCUUCUGGGAUGCCUUAUGCCGGUGCCGAUGUUCCCGGACUUAUUCUGGCCAGUAGCUUUGGAGCUUCCCUAUACUUCAUGACCAAAAAGAAGGUCAAGCUAGGAAAAGCAGCUGCGUUAACAGCAGGAGGAUUAGUGGCUGGUGCAGUGGUGGGAUCAGCCGUAGAGACCUGGCUCCACGUUGAUGUGGUCCCGUUCCUUGGUCUCCAUUCUCCAGCUGCAGUGGUGAGUGAAUUCAUAGUCUUCUCUCAGUUCUUGGUCUCUCUAUGCUUAAGGUAGAACUUUGUACAUUGGCCUUCUGCAAAAUUGGCUCAACCUUGUCACGCCUGGUAUAUGUACUCUCUGUUUAUAUUCAUUUUGUACAGAACACUCAAAGUAAACAACUCCUAGACAUCAAUCACUCUUCAUGCUCAUAUUCGAUUCCUUGGAUUUUUCAA